CGACAGUAUGCUAAUGACAGCUACCUACCCAACUGCUCCGAUUACUGCGCGCUAAUCUUUUGUGGCAUUUUGAUUUUCUUUUCAUUCUUGUAUAAUCUUUUUGUUCCAUUCACUCGAGUAAUACGGCCCUCGGUAUACACGGCGAUACUGGCUUCGAGCAAACACAACCUCCGGCAUGCCUUCCCAGCUCAAUCGCGUCGUCUUUCGCAAACUGCUAGCCAGCGAACCCAUAGCACAUCGAGGCUGCCUUCGUCCACACCAAUUCCGAUCGCCAUGUUCGCCGCAUCUCCAACCCUCCCCGACGGCCCAACGCCGCUCCUUUAUGAACAUCUUCAAGGCCCCUGUGCGCGUCACUUCGGAACCGAGAAUGGCUCCUGGCCUGGAAAAGAUGAUGGAAUACUCAAAGAUGGAGAGACUCAAUGCUCGAUUACCGCCUCCGGAACACAUCCUCCGUGCCGUCGCCCUCUACUUUGAUUACAAGACGCAGAAGAACGCGUCUACCCAACACAUCCCAGACGCUCAAGCCCGCCAUCUUCUGCGCUGUCUGCACUAUCUCGACCAGCAUUCCGCUCUUGCCACGCUCGACCCGAAGCAAAUCAAUACAUGGUUCACCGUUCUUGACAAUCGCGGCCACGUCGACUCCCACAUUCAUAGAGACAUCAUUCAACUUCUCUAUCGUGCUGUGUGCCAGAACGCUACUCACGCCAAAAGGAUGCCCUUCAGAUCUGUCAGAGGCUAUAUCGAGGCUAUGUGUGCUUCAGGGGGCUCUUUGACAGCUAGAGACGAGCUCGUUCGAUACAUUGCGGAACACGGGGAUAUGGCCAAGCGCGUCGACCGAGAAAUCUGGCGCACCAUCUUCAUAGGCUUGAAGGAAGAGGAGAAUGAGCAGGAACUUAUUCGAACUCUGGACAUCAUGAACAAAUCUCCGGUGGACAGUUCUCUGGCUUCCGCCUACGAGAUAAUAACGAAGUUCUAUAUCGCACGGAAGAACCCCGAAAAGGCCGCUGAAUGGUACAACAUGACGAAAGAUCAGGACAUAAUUGAACUCAGGCUCGAGAUGCUACAGGCAAAAAUGAUCGAUCUGAGCAUAAGCAUCUCGGACACUAAACUCGGACAGUCCGUUGUUCGGGACAUGACAACAGGAACGCCGACGAAGCGUCAAUGGGAUCUAAUCUUCGAGUGGGCUGUAGCAACAGGCAAGGGAGCUGAUGAGAUUGAUCGUAUGAUUGGUGUCAUGGAGCGAGCGAACGAAUCCCUCCCUGAGUCAGAAUGGCGAAUUGCUGACACGUAUACUUUGAACAAACUGGUCAAAGUAGCAGUGGACCGCAAGGAUCCCUAUCUUGCCGAACGAUUCAUCGCUCUAGGUAGAGCGAGGAACAUUGAAGCAGAUGCCCAAACACUCAUAUAUCAGAUGCAAUAUCGUCUGGUCGUCAAGGACGUGGACGGAGCUUUGACGGUGUACCAGCACAUGCAGUCAUACGAUCUCUCAAAGAACAGGGAUGUUGGUGUAGUCAACGAGCUCAUCCGAGCCAUGUGCGCUUCUGGAAGACAGGAUUUUGAAAGUAUUAUGAAUGUCGCAGCAGAUCUGUCAGACAGACAGGUGCGCUUCGACCCGGAAACAGUAUCAGCCUUGUCGGUGUUGCAUCUCUCACGAGACGAGGUUCACGAUGUUAUUGAUCUCUUGAACACACAUGUCUACGGCUUUGAUAUUGCUGGGCGGGCAGCAGUGGAGGGUGCUUUGAUCGAUUUUAGUCUCAAGCCCUCGACGACGACUGCUCAGACUUGGGAUACGUACAUCAUCUUGAAACAGGUUUUCGACGACAUGACCCGGGAAAAGCGCGUCAAGAUCAUGGAGGAAUUCUUCCGACGCCAGCGCCCCGACAUGGCAGUGCAUGUCUUCAACCACAUGCGAGCGCAUACUCGUUCAGACACCAUUCCCACUAUCGACACCUACGUGGCAUGUUUGUCCGGAAUCGGUAAGCUGAAAGACGAAGAGAGUCUCGAAGUCGUGCACAACCAGCUCAAACUGGAUUUCAACAUUGAGCCAAACACACUCCUCUACAAUGCGCUCAUGAAAGCAUACACGGCUUGCGAAUUUCCUAGGACGGCGCUAGGCUUCUGGGAUGAUAUUGCGUCAAGCCGUGAAGGACCGAAUAUCAACAGCAUCCACCUUGCUUUGAGGGCAUGCGAAGACGCGCCAUGGGGUGACGAGAAGGCGCGAAAGAUCUGGACGAAGUUGGGUAGGACCGGUCUCGAGCUUGAUCAGAACCUUUGGGCCAGUUAUGCUGCAGCGCUAGUGGGUAAUGGAAAUGUGGAUGGCACCAUCAAUGCAAUAGAGGAAGCCCAUGCUCGGCAGGAACUUGACAUGGAUACUCUUGUGAUCGGAUCGCUAUACAACGCUGCUCCAGGACAAGUCAAGAGAGGUGUAGUCGAGACGUGGGCUAAGGAGAGAUAUCCGGAGAUCUGGGCGGCCUUGGAGGAAAUGGGUACUUGCCCUUCGACACUGUCAGACCUUCCUGAGUUCAAGAUCGACAGAGACGUCGAGCCAUAGAAUCUACACAGGUCAUGGCUUCUGUAAAUAUAUGUGUACUAGAAUCUGAGAAGGAUAUGAAUACACGCGUGUUACGACUGAAUCUCA